AUGUCAUGAUAAAUUUAAGUCAAAGACGAUGACAGAAGCUAAUUUGGAAAAGAAAGAAAAAUAGUUCACACCUAGGAUACUGGGAUUUAUGUAAAUGAAGAUCUAAAUAAAUUUAGAAUUUUCUUGUACGGUCAGUUUGAUAUGCGUUCCUGUAUCUUGAUAAUUACAGCCAAAUGGGAAGUGAAUUAAAACUUGAAAAAACAAAAUCCAGUGUUCUACAUAGAACCUGGAUUGGACAUGUAAUUUUAUAUUUGUGGAAUUGGACCGGCCGUUGGUUCAGCUGGACUCGACAAUCGGACUCCAUGUUGCGGAAUGUCGAACAACUAAUAUUAUCAUGUGUGAAGACGGCGUACAAGCGAUUCUAUGUGGACAUAGGUUCCGUGGUGGGACAAUGUGACAAAAUUUGGACGAUAUCCUUAAAUGAAGACUCCCCAAAGACACCGCUCGUUAUGUUACACGGAAUGGCCUCCGGGCUAGCGUUGUGGUGUCCCAACCUUGACGCGCUCGCAGCCACACGACCCGUCUACGCCAUGGACUUAUUAGGUUUCGGUAGGAGUUCCCGCCCGAAGUUCUCGUCUGAUGCUGAGAAGGUCGAGGCUCAGUGGGUGGAGUCGGUUGAGGAGUGGCGGCGGGAGGUGAAACUCGAACAGUUCAUACUGCUGGGACACAGUCUUGGAGGGUACAUCGCUACGGCGUACGCUCUCAAGUAUCCCGAAAGAGUCCGUCACCUAAUCCUGGCCGAUCCCUGGGGCUUCGCAGAACGCCCGGACAAUAUCAACGAGAAGUUCCAUAUUCCUUUCUACAUCCGGGUUGUGGCCACUAUCUUCCAGCCUCUGAACCCUCUGUGGCCGGUGCGAGCCGCCGGUCCGGCCGGGAAAUGGCUCGUCAGCAAAACCAGACCCGACAUCGCAAGGAAGUACACCAACUACGUGAAGGACGCCGACACUGUUAUACCGGAAUAUAUAUACCAGUGUAACUCACAGACACCUAGCGGCGAGAGCGCAUUUCACGCGCUAAUGAACGGUUUCGGGUGGGCGAAGCACCCUAUGUCUCGUCGGGCGGGGCAGUUGUCUCCGUCCCUGGGAGUGACCGUGCUGUACGGGGCGCGCUCCUGGGUUCAGACCGGGGCGGGACAGAUAGCUGAAAAUAGACCCGGGGCUGAAACACACGUACAGGUAAUAAAUGGAGCUGGUCAUCACAUAUAUUUGGACAAAACGGAGUUGUUCAAUAAGUACGUACUGGAGGCGUGCGAAAGAGGCGACAGUCCGCGCCGACUCGUGGACCAGCCUCGAGAACAGUCCGCCAACAGUGCCACAAGCGAGUCGACUGGUGGAGCGACUAGUCGACCAACUAGUGGAGCGGCCGGCGACCAAACUCCGUCUCCACAAACCUAGUUACUGUUCAACACAAACUAGUUAGUUUAUUUAAAGAGCCAACGUGCCUAAUGUUAAGGUUUACAAAUGUCAGGAUAUCUAUUAUUUUUGUUAUUUUUGAGCAUUAUGUUGCAUAGUCUAUAAAUCUUAUAUGUUCACGUUAUGUACGGGGGCGCAGAAGUGUAUAUUUUCUCAUUUCUGUAAACAAAUAUAUAUAUAUAUGUUUUUACUUAAAUAUGUUCCAAAGUAAUCUUAAUUGCACAAAACACUUAACUGAGUAUUAGCAGACGUUCUGCCACAUGUAACUGGUGUAUGAGUGAGCUUAAGACUUUUUAUAUGCAACCUUUUAUUAUGUAAAUAAAAAUUAUUUAUUGCGAA